GUGCACCCCGACGAACACAACCAUCCAAUCCGACGUGGCCCCUCGUUUGCGAGUUGCGACCAUCGAUCACUUUCCUUAAUUCCUUCGUUCAGUAACAAAUAAUCUCUUCUCCUACCCCCAAAUCGCAAAACCCUAAUGCGGGAUUUCUCCGAAUUAAGCGGAAAUUGAGCUCACGAACUCCCAAACCGAGAGAUUCCUCCCCAUCCGAGCAGGGGAGGAACUCGAAGAAGAGAAAUCGCCACUCGGGAGCAUCAAUUUAGGGUUUCGUAGUCGAGUUUGGGGGGGGGUUUGGUGGGAGGGGGAAGGGGAUGAAGGAGCUGUUGGGGAGCCCAGGAACAUGGAGCGGUUUGAUGCUGAGAUUGGGGCAGUGUGCUUUUGCUGGGGCUUCGAUCGGAGUGAUGGUCUCUGCUCUAGGGUUUGCGAAUUACACGGCUUUUUGCUACUUGAUUGCUUCAAUGGGAUUGCAAGGAUUAUGGAGCUUCGGACUCGCAUGUCUUGAUGCGUAUGCUUUGAAGUUAAAGAAAGAUCUCCAUAACCCAAUUCUUGUGAGCUUAUUUGUCGUUGGUGACUGGGUAACAGCAAUUUUGUCAUUCGCAGCAGCAUGCUCAUCUGGCGGUGUGGUGGUAUUAUUUGAAAGGGAUGUGCACUUCUGCAAGCUUCCGUGGUUCUCUUGUGGUAAAUACGAACUCUCCACCGCAUUGGCUUUCAUUGCAUGGUCGCUCAUCGCUACUUCCUCCCUUGUAAUGUUUUGGCUUUUGGCUGCUUUGUGAAUACAUGAUCUUGUGUACGUUGUAUUACAGUUUCCUUUUUCCCUUUUUUGGUAAAUGACACAAAUUUGUAAAAUGCACAGAAACCACACGCCCUUUUGUUGAAAAUUGGUGGGAUUUUGGUAGUUGAUUGAAGCAUUUGUUUGAUUACUUGGAAAUUUUACAAGAGUUA